AUGAGAAAUUUUUUUCUAUCACUCGAAUUCACAACUGUUUUAUUUGUCAUCCUAGUGCUAAAUGCUUCAAAACACAUAGUCGCUUUGUGUGGUGCAGGAUUGAGUGCAGAAUCAGGAGUACCGACUUUUCGAGGUGAAGGUGGCUUUUGGAGAACUUUUCAAGCGACCGAACUUGCCACACCAAAGGCAUUCGAAAAGAAUCCAUCCCGAGUAUGGGAAUUCUAUCAUUAUCGUCGUGAAUUAGUGUUGACAAAAAAACCGAAUCGUGCCCAUAAAGCCUUGGUUGAUUUUGAAAAAAAAGUGUUAUCAGCAAAUCCAAAAACACAAACUUUUGCUGUCAUUACUCAAAAUGUUGAUGGUCUUUCAAGUAAUAUCAAAAACUUGAUUGAAAUGCAUGGUUCUCUUUUUAAAACUCGUUGUACUAAAUGUGGAGAUAGAACAGAGAAUUAUGAUUCUCCUAUUGCACUUGCAUUAAAAGGAACAGAAAACUCUCAAUUUGAUAUUAAUCUUCCGAUUGAAAAACUUCCAAGUUGUUCAAAAUGCAAAGGUUUGUUGAGACCAGAUGUUGUAUGGUUUGGGGAAUGUUUAGAUAAUGAUAUUUUGAUGAAGAUCGAUGUUGAACUAGAAAGAUGUGAUUUAUUGUUGGUUAUUGGAACUAGCGGUCUCGUCUAUCCAGCAGCUGCUUAUGCUUCGAUUGUCUCAGCUCGAGGUGGCAAGAUUGCAGUUUUCAAUAUUGAGAAAACAUAUGAUGCUGAUUUUGAAUUCAUUGGUUCUUGUGGUGAAAUUUUAGGAAAUGCUCUCAUGGUUAAUGAUGGUGAAGAUAAACAUGAGGUUGUCUAA